AUGCAGGAUAUUUCAGCAUUAAGAUAUGUUACAAGCCGUCCAAUUCUUCAGCAAUACCUUCAAGAGAGAUUUGGAGAAGAUUUGGAUAUUGCCGACGAUCUCCAUAAGGUUGGUAAGAAGUAUGGUUCAUAUCGUAACAAUGUCGAGAAAGAGGAAGCAAUGACGUUGUUAGCCAACUAUAGCUUCAACGAUAGACCAAUAUACUUUUUGGAGGUUGAGAUGGAUGAGAAUAGCAUCAAGGAUAUUACAGUUACCAAGUACAAACGGCCUGACGAAUGUACAGCAAUAACACUUGUUGCAGGAGCACAUAAAGGCAUGUACCCAUACAUUUACGAUGAUGAUGUUUUACAAUUCGAGGAUAUGGGUAUAGUGGAGUACGAUGUGGACUUAGUUUAG